AUGGAGAGCAGCAACCUUACCUCAGUGACUGAAUUCAUCCUCCUUGGCCUCUCCAACCGGCCUGAGCUCCAGGUGGACCUCUUCCUCCUCUUCCUCAUGAUCUACCUGAUGAUCUUGUUGGGAAACCUGCUCAUUGUGUUGUUGGUAGUAGUGAACACAUUCCUCCAUACCCCCAUGUACUUCUUCCUCACCAAUCUGUCCAUAAUUGAAGUCUGUUAUACAUCCUGUGUGCUCCCACAGAUGCUUGGGCACUUCUUUGCAAAAAGAAAGUCUAUCUCCUAUUCCUGCUGUGUCACACAGGUCUACUCAUUCCUGUCCUUUGGCAUUGCAGAGUGUGGUAUCCUCUCAGUGAUGGCCUAUGACCGUUAUGUUGCUAUUCGGGACCCCUUGAGGUACACAGUCACAAUGAACAGGGGUGUGUGUGUGAGGCUGGUGACCGGGUCUUGGAUGGGUGGCUUUGUGGCAUCCUUGGUGGCUACAGUAUCUACAUUCCAGCUCUCAUUCUGUAGGGAUAAUGUUAUCAAUCAUUUCUUGUGUGAAAUGCCUGCCCUGUUCCAUCUCUCCUGUACAGACACAUCCCAGGCAGAGAUCAUCACACAGAUCCUUUGUGUCUUUACUCUUUUGUGCCCUGUCACAUUCAUCACUUUCUCCUAUACCCACAUCAUCAACAUUGUCCUUCAAAUUUGCUCUGCCCAAGGGAGCAGAAAAGCCUUCUCCACUUGUUCUCACCUUCUGGUUGUCAUCCUGUUCUUUGUGACUGUAAUGUCUCUUUACAUGAGGCCCAAGUCCCUGUACUCCCCAGAGAAGGACAAAAUUAUCACAGUGUUUUACGUUGCCUUCACACCUACUUUGAAUCCCCUCAUCUAUAGCCUGAGGAAUAAGGAAGUGAAAAUAGCACUAUGGAAACUGGCAGGGAAACCUAGAGACACGUAA